UAAACCUUUGAAAAAUGGAGAAAAGCCAAUUAAACCCUCAAGCUCCCGUCUACAUUCCCUCUACUCUUCAGAAACCAUUCAGCCUCCUAUUCGGAGCUCCAUUUGCUUACUAUCCGUCCUUUCAACAACAACCACAUGUGUUUUACUUCCAUUUUCUUAUUCCAUCAAAACCAUCAACUUUUCCUUAUUUCCCCAAAACUCCCCUCUUUGAUCCCCCCGCUUCUCCUACUUCCCCCUUUCAACUCAUUAAGCAAUCUCCCGACACUAACCCGGAUCCUGUAUCUGCUCCUUUCACAACCCACAAAUCCUUUACGGGUAGGACCCUGAUCUCUCGUCGUUUUACCCCUUCUAACUCUCAAUCUAAAUGGAUUAUCAAGAAACACCCUCAAGCUGUUCAAAAACAAAACCUACAUGUUUCUCAAGUGGACUGUACUAAUACCCCCUUGGCGUCUUACCCAUUUGGCGAUUGCACAUCUUUAAUGAUCAGAAAUAUCCCAGCUCGUCUCAGUAGGAGAGAAUUGAUAGAGCUUCUGGAUGAUCACUGUCGCCUGGAAAAUGAAAAGCUUUGCAGCACCUCUCCAACUUCUGAAUUUGAUUUUGUUUACCUCCCUUUUGAUUUCAGGAAGAAGGGGAAUUUGGGUUAUGCAUUUGUAAAUUUCACAUGCUGGGAAGGAGCAUCCAGGCUGUAUAAUGCAUGGAAAGGAUUAAUGAAAUGGGAAAACUGCGGGUAUGCAACCCAGAAAAUAUGCCAUAUCGAUCAUGCAAAAUUGCAGGGAAAUGAGCUGAAGAAUCACUUUGAUAAAUCAGUAUUUCAGUGUGAAACAGAUGAAUUUCUGCCGGUGAAGAUAAUACCGCCAAGCAACGGGUCAAAUUCCGAAUCGACACGGGUGAUGACAGUUGGAACUCGUGUUGUACGUUUAAGAAUGAGAAAAUAGGGUUACUGUAGUGGGGUACCAUUAAAAACUAGGUAAUAAUAUUAGGGUUACUGUUUAGUAGGAGAUUUUGUUAGAUUAAGGAGGGGAUAUCUUUUGGAUGUGAUUUCAACACUCCAGGAAUGGUUGUCCGAGGAGUGAACAAAAUCAUAAUCUAAGAACUAAGAAUAGGAUGGGAUGGUAUAAAUAUAGAGAAGUGAAGAUGGAAAACAGCCAUGGUUCCCCCUAGAGAGAGAGUUAGUGGUAGUAGUUUGUUUAAAUCAUACGUCUGUGUUUGUUGUGUAAUCAUAAAUCAAAU